AUGCCAGUGCCCUCUCCUCCUCUUCCUACCAGAAUGCUUUACUUCCAGAUGGUGAUCAUGGCAGGGACCGUGAUGCUGGCUUAUUACUUCGAGUACACCGACACCUUCACGGUCAACCUGCAGGGCUUCUUCUGCUACGAGAGCGCCUACCGCAAACCUUACCCGGGCCCGGAGGAGAGCAGCGCGGUGCCCCCCGUACUCCUCUACUCGCUGGCGGCGGGGGUGCCAGUCUUGGUGAUUAUUGUUGGAGAAACUGCAGUGUUUUGCUUACAGAUGGCCACACGGGAUUUUGAAAACCAAGAAAAAACAAUAUUAACUGGAGACUGUUGCUAUAUAAACCCACUGGUGCGCAGGACUGUCAGGUUCCUUGGCAUUUAUGCAUUUGGACUUUUUGCAACAGACAUAUUUGUAAAUGCUGGACAAGUAGUAACUGGGAAUCUUGCACCUCAUUUCCUUGCACUUUGCAAACCCAACUACACAGCUCUGGGAUGUCAGCAGUUUACACAGUUUGUCAGUGGUGCAGAGUCUUGCUCUGGAAAUCCUGAUCUUGUCAUGAAAGCCCGAAAAACUUUUCCUUCCAAAGAAGCAGCUCUGAGUAUAUAUGCAGCAACAUACAUCACUAUGUACAUCACCCACACAAUAAAGGCCAGAGGAACCAGGCUGGCAAAACCAGUUCUUUGCUUGAGCAUAAUGUGUAUGGCAUUUCUUACUGGUAUCAACAGAGUAGCAGAAUAUCGAAAUCACUGGUCAGAUGUGAUAGCAGGAUUUCUCGUCGGUAUUUCAAUAGCAGUGUUUUUGGUGGUAUGUGUGGUUAAUAAUUUUAGAGGUAGGCAACCAGAACAUGAACAGUCACACAUGGACAAUCUGGGACAAAUGUCUAUGAUCAGCAUCCCUCGGGUAGAACAUUCUGUAGUAAAGAACCACCUCACAGCCUUUGCAGAAGUCACAUGAUGGAGAAAAG